AUGAGCGGACAUGGAGAUCCUCGAUUGCUCUACACGGUCGGGGGCAUCAAGGCCUACCACAUUCAGCAGGGAGAGGAGAGCCCCCUCACACCCUCCGGGCCACAGACACUGUCGUUGCUGAUGGUCCCUACCAACUCGCCCUUUGCAAACCUCAGCAACACGCGCGGCCAGAACGAAGCGCCCGAAGAAGACUUCUACCUACAUCUUAACCUCCCUCCCGAGCUCGAUCUCCCCCUCCCCGCGACUACACAGAUCUACCACCAGCCACCGCGCAGUUACCUGAUACCGCGGUGGGACUUGGGCCCAGAGAGCGGCGCCUUUACACGCAUCGAGUUCCCACCAAUUGGCAAGGGUUCGACAUCGGUCACGCAGGAAGACGUCGAUACCUUUGAGACCAUCUUGGCACAGUGCACAGCCUUCCUUGAGCGUGCGCAAGCUCCCCAACACGAGAAGGGUAAGGGUGACGUCAAGGCAUACAACCCCCAAGACUACCGACCAGGCGAGGGUUACGUAGGGACUGGCAACAAUGGUGAGGUCGUUUUGGUCGACGAGGAAAACGGCAGCGUCGUUGGUGAGCUGGCCGAGGGUGCCAUGAUCCACGCCGAUCCAGCGUUGAAGCAAGGAUCCAAGAGCAAAGAUCCCGUUGAGAUUGUCGUCUCACCAGACGGCAAGCGCAUCGACAUCCGACCGCUUGAAGAGGACUACCUCGAAAUGGCACGCCAUCCCGCAUACAAAGACUCUGGCCUCGUACAGAACGCUGCCGCCGCAUCUCGUCUUGUCGUCACCGGCUCCAGCUACAUUAGUAACAUGAUGGUAUCUGGUGCGGAGAACUUCAUCAACAAGACGAAGCCAAACGAGAAGCCCAUGGUCUUCAAGCCUGCUACCCACGAGCACGUCCGCAAGAUCAACACGCUUACAACCAAUGUCGCUGGCUACUCGGCUAAGACUGUUGGUCAGCUUACCAAGUACGCUCAGAACGCAGCAGCAGGAAUGGCAGGCCACAAGAAGACACACGCCAAGAGUGUGAACCCAGACGGCACACCCAACACAAACUACAAGCCUGGACUGUUGAACAAGAGCUUGAUCGCUUUCUCCACGGUCGCUGAUGGAAUCUCGCACUCGGGCAAACAACUUCUGACCAGCAGCGGUGCUGCUGCCAGUGCCGCCGUCGGCCACAAAUACGGUGCCGAAGCAGGACAAAUUACUACAAACCUCGCCGGUGGAGUCAAGAACGUCGGUCUCGUCUACAUCGACGUCACUGGCGUCAGCAGAAAAGCCAUCAUCAAGUCCGUAGCCAAGGGCAUGGUCGUCGGCAAAGUCAAGGACAAGAAGGGCAACGAGCAGACCGUCCUGGUAGGUGGCGGCGAUGGUGGCACCGUCACUCCCGGUGACUUGAACCCCCAGCUUGGUGUUUCGAACAACAACGCUCUUCCCAAUCAGUCCGGUUCGGGUGCGCCUGGUGGUCAAGUUUCUUUUGGUGGGCCGCCGCCUAGUUACAGGACGGGUGUAGGUGAGAGCCUCGAGGGACAGCCGGCUUAUUAUCCACAGGAGAAGAGGUAG